UGAACGGCGACAUGUCGACAUAAGUUCACCUCAGAAGUGGCGGCCAGGCGCUUAUUCAUCACUUCGCCUCCACCAACCACCACCUAACAAUCAUCCCCAGGUCUCAUCGUUCUCCAUGGCCUCAGCUUCCGCUACUGGAAAGCUCUCCCGAGAGGAGUUCCGGAGGCAAAAGGACCUCGACGCAGCUCGCAAGGCCGGUACUGCACCGGCUGCUCUGGAUGAGGAGGGGAAGGCCAUUAACCCGCACAUUCCUCAAUACAUCGCCCAAGCACCAUGGUACCUCGAUACUGGUGCACCGUCCCUCAGCCACCAGCGUAUGCCCGAUUACGACCGCUCCUCCGACAAACUCGACAACUGGUAUGACCGCGGCGUGAAAGCCGGCCCUGCGGCGAAGAAGUACCGCAAGGGUGCCUGCGAGAACUGCGGCGCCAUAACACACAAGCGGCAGGACUGCCUCGAGCGGCCGCGCCGGCGCGGGGCCAAGUUCACGAACAAGGGUAUCGCGCCGGACGAGGUCAUCCAAGAUGUCGCGUCGGGCUACGACGCGAAGCGCGACCGGUGGAACGGAUACGACCCUGCGGAGCACAAGAAGAUCUACGAGGAGUACGAGGCGCUGGAGGCGGCGCGGCAAAAGCUGCGCGAGGACGAGAUUGACAAGCAGACGACGACGGACCUGGCGGCGGUCAGGAAGGUUGCGAAGGCGGGGAAGGAGAAGGACGAGGAGCGGGACGACGACUUUGGGAGCAGUGAUGAGGAGGACGAGGACGCGGACAAGUAUGCGGAGUCGGCGGAUGCGGUCGGCCAGAAGCUCGACACCAAGACCCGUAUCACUGUCCGGAACCUGCGUAUUCGAGAGGACACCGCGAAGUAUCUUAUCAACCUCGACCCAUCAAGUGCCUAUUACGACCCGAAGACACGGUCCAUGCGUGACAACCCCAUGAAGAAUGUCACUCCAGAAGAGGCUCGAUUCGCUGGGGACAACUUCUAUCGCCACUCGGGUGAAGCACCGGAAGUACAAAAACUGCAGCUCUUUGCAUGGAACGCAGCUGCCCGGGGUAACGACGUUCACAUGAAUGCCAACCCGACUCAGGGCCAGCUCCUCCACCAAGAGUUCGAGCACAAGAAGGAAAAGCUGAAGGACAUCAACAAGUCGAGCAUACUUACGAAGUACGGUGGCGAGCAGUACCUGGAGAAGGCGCCGAAGGAACUGUUGCAGGGGCAGACGGAGGAGUACGUUGAGUUCUCGAGGACGGGCCAGGUGCUCAAGGGCAAGGAGCGUGCAACGGUAAAGUCAAAGUAUCCAGAGGAUGUGUUUGUCAACAACCAUACGGCGGUAUGGGGGUCGUGGUAUGACGCCGCAUCCGGAGUGUGGGGCUACGCAUGCUGCCACUCCAUCAUACACCUCUCUUACUGUACCGGCCUCGCUGGUAUUGAAGCCGCACAAGCAUCAACCGCGAAAAACCUCCUCGCCUCGUCACUAGCAACCGAUGCAUCACCACCGCCCGAGAGUGUACCACGGUCAAAAGAGACAGCCGAGGAUCGCAAGAAGAAAGCGGAGGAGCUCUUCUCGAAGAAGCGUUUGGGCGAGGGCGAUCUCGCGCUUGACAAGGAUCGCCUGACGCAGGCGAUGCAGGAGGAGAGGAAGCGGAAGGCGAGGGGUGGCGAGGAUGAGGACCGCCAGGGAAAGCGACAGAAGGGUGGGCAGGGUAGUAGCCAUGAGGUGUCGCAGGAGGAGCUUGAGGCGUACAGGAUGAACCGUCGGAUGAUGGAGGAUCCCAUGGCCGACUACGUCGAUGCGGAGGUGUAACGCAUCGCACGCAUGCACUUGUUGUAUUUUUACUGCUAUUGGUGCUAUCAUUGUAUCGUUGUACACGUCCAUGCCUAAUAUAUUGGACCCUGCCCCGCGACGCGGGUUUCCUGGA